ACCUCAACACCAAAAUUUACUCUUCACUGCAAAUGGACUCGUCUCUUCCUCCUCCAUACCUCUCCGAUGCUGCAAUGUCGCAGCAGAGCCAAAUUCCUUUAAACCCAAUGGUUCCUCAAAAUCCAAUGGUUCCUAUGCCUAUGCAGGUUCCUAUGCCCAUGCCUUUGCAGAUGCCGAUGCCUUAUCAGAUGCAGAUGCAGAUGCCCAUGCCCCUUCACAUGCCUUUCCCGCUACCCCUUGCCAUCCAGGAAACCGGCCAAUCGGCCUCUGGGAAGCGCCGCCGAGAAGACGAAGCUCCCGGCACCGAAGUGGCCGAGCAGUCGGCGGCAAAGAGGGUAAAGGGUCAGGACGUGAUUUUCAGGAUCGUGGUGCCGUCGAGGCAGAUCGGGAAGGUUAUCGGCAAAGAAGGUUGUCGGAUACAGAAAAUUCGAGAAGAUACGAAAGCCACCAUAAAAAUUGCUGACGCUAUCGCUCGGCAUGAAGAACGAGUUAUCAUCAUUAGUUCAAAAGAUAAUGAUGAAAACAUUACUGAUGCUGAGAAUGCUCUCCAGCAAAUUGCCAAUUUAAUUUUAAAGGAAGAUGAUGGCAAUUUCGAUGCAUCAAAAGUCACAGCAGGACAUGUGGCUGCCAAUACAAUAAGGCUUUUGAUUGCUGGGUCCCAGGCGGGUGGUUUGAUUGGGGUGUCAGGUCAAAACAUUGAGAAGUUAAGGAAUUCCUCUGGUGCCACAGUUACUGUUCUUGCUCCAAAUCAGUUACCUUUGUGUGCAUCUGCUCAUGAAUCUGAUCGAGUAGUACAGUUGUCAGGAGAUGUUUCUUCAGUAAUCAAAGCUUUGGAGGAGAUAGCUUGUCAACUAAGGGAAAACCCCCCUCGACAAGUGAUUUCUAUCAGCCCAACAUACAAUUAUGCUGCAAUACGACCACCUCAACCAUAUCUUGACCCAACUUCAGCUGAUUAUGUUACCUUUGAGAUGCUGAUUUCGGAGACAUUGGUUGGUGGGCUGAUCGGCAGAUGCGGCUCAAACAUUUCGAGGAUCAGAAAUGAAUCUGGAGCAACAAUCAAGGUUUAUGGGGGUAAAGGUGAACAAAAGCAUAGGCAAAUUCAGUUUGGUGGUAGUGCUCAACAGGUAGCAUUGGCAAAACAGAGAGUUGAUGAGUAUAUAUACUCUCAGUUGAUACAACAAUCUGGCACCCAAUAAUCAGCGGAGGUAUUCUUCAAAAGCUUUUCUACAGGUGCUUAAAUGGGGAAUGUGGUUAUGUGGGUGGGGGAGGGAGACUUGGCAAAUUUAAUGUGUUGUCUUGUUAUAAAGUGGCCCCUGUUCUACCCUAAGUAGAUGAUGACCGAAAUUUUAGUUUGAGCCAAUAUAAACAAUGAUUUAGUAUCAAUCAGUUUUAUUUUCUAUUUACAUAAAUUGCCAGACCAUGUUUUGCAUUGAAAAUUAUCAAGCCAUGUCCUAUGCUUGGACAGGCAAGGAAUAAUUGAUAUGCCUCCUAUUGAAAGGUACAGUUUAGCUUUUCUUUAUUAUACAACUAAUUUAUACCCAAUCUAUUCAGUUUCCGGAGAAGACAAACCUGUAAAAUCAGGAUCUCUAGUUCUCAUCUAUGCUUGCUGUGCCUUGAAUCCAGCUUUCUUGCUUCAGAAUUGGUGCCAUCAUGGAUGUAAGUAGGAUGUUUACCUACAUAGUCACCAUGUGUUUACCCUAGUGCUGACCUGUGGAUAGAGUUUUUAGUUUUUCAAACUUUGGUUGUACCGUAUCAUUGUUUUAAAUUAAAUUAAAUUUGAAAGUUUGUGUUUUUUGGGUUGUCUAUAAAUUAUGGCACUAUGUAAUAGGCAAGGUUUCAUGGAUGUUUGGUACGGUUUUCAAGUGCUUUA